AUGGGUGCUCAGUUCUCGCAGUUUUUCCCACCCAAGCCGACCUGGACAGAGGCAGAUGUGGGUUCACAGGAUGGAAAGGUCUUUAUCGUGACAGGAGGUGCAUCUGGCAUCGGCUUGGAACUAGUCAAAAUGCUUUAUCGAAAAGGAGGGAGGGUUUACAUCGCUGGGCGGUCCGAGGAAAAGGCACAAACGGCAAUCCAGGAGAUACAGGCUGCUGUGCCCGAGGGUGGUGGCUUGGAGUUUCUUCAUCUCAUGCUUGACGAUCUAAACAGCAUUAAAGCAUCUGUCGAAGCAUUCAAAGAAAAAGAAUCCAGACUCGAUAUUCUCUGGAACAAUGCAGGCGUCUCUCAGCCGCCACUAGGAAGCCUAUCUAAACAAGGGAUUGAGCUACAACUCGCAACAAACUGCCUGGGACCCUUCCUCUUCACACAAUUACUUCUUCCCCUCCUGGAAACAACUGCGGCAACAACCAGCCCUGGUUCAGUACGCGUUAUCUGGACAGGAAGCCAAAUCGUCGAGUUGUCCGCCCCGAAGGGAGGCAUCGUCAUGUCUGAACUCACCUCCCCCCCUCAAGAUCAAACUCGCACCUACGUCACUUCAAAGGCUGGAAAUAUGUUCAUUGCAUCUGAGCUUGCCUGCCGAGUUGGACCUUCUCAUAACAUUAUCAGUGUUUCUCUCAACCCAGGAGCAGCGAAUACAAAUCUCCUUAGACACAGUCCAUGGAUGAAAUUCUUAGCGAGACCGUUGCUAUAUAAGCCAGAGUUAGCCGCCACAACCGAGUUAUACGCCGGAUUGUCGUCAGAAGUAAACUUGGAGGAAAACGGGUGUUAUAUAAUACCCUGGGGCAGAAUUUCUAGAACACUGAGACAGGACCUGGCUGAUGCGUCAAAAUCGACUGAGGAUGGCGGAACCGGGAGGGCAAAGGAGUUUUGGGAAUUCUGUGAGAACAAGACUAGGGAUUAUAUGUAA